ACAACACACUAACGCUUCAGUGUGUGGAGGUUCAGCGUACCAGUGAGCUCAAAGGGUCCGACAUCGUUGUGACAUCAAUUUAUCGUAACUACUCUCGGCAAGCUUGGAAGGAUGAGUGCCGAGGGAGAACCGAUGGAGACUGGUGAUCAACCGGAAAACGAGAGUCCUGAGAAUGUUUCCGAGAAGUCUGUUGGACCCGCCGCGGACCCUGAGGAAGAUGAAGAGGAGAGCAGCAGUAAGGAUGCUACGCCCGAUAAUGAGAACGAGAACGACGAAUCUUCGUCUUCGAGAACUGGCCAGAAAAAGGACAACGCCGAAUUCAACGUUCGGGUGGAAAAGGAUCGCAGUAAUAGAUUCGACUACCUGCUUCAGCAAACAGAAAUUUUCGCCCAUUUCAUGCAGAAUUCCCAAGCGGGUAACAAAGGCGGUGGCGGUAAGCCCAAGGGUCGUCCCCGGAAGGAUAAGGGAGAGAAGAAAGACAAGCAGGCGGUGACUGGAGACCAUCGGCACCGCAUGACAGAACAGGAGGAGGAUGAGGAGUUGAUUGCGAACAGCAGCACUCAAGAGGUGGCUUGUGUCCGAUUCGACGAAAGUCCCAAGUACAUCACCGGCGGCGAGUUGAGAGACUACCAGAUUCGCGGUCUAAACUGGAUGAUUUCGCUGUAUGAAAACGGGAUCAACGGAAUUCUCGCCGACGAGAUGGGUCUCGGAAAAACCCUGCAGACUAUUUCCCUCCUGGGUUACAUGAAGCACUUCCGGAACAUCAACGGGCCUCACAUGGUGCUCGUACCCAAAUCUACCCUGGCUAACUGGGAAGCAGAAUUCGAACGAUGGUGCCCUUCGCUGCGUACGGUCAUUCUCAUCGGUGAUCAAGAGGCGAGGAACACCCUGAUCCGUGACGUUGUCAUGCAAGAAAAAUGGGACGUUCUCAUCACUUCCUACGAGAUGGUCAUCCGAGAAAAAGGAGUUCUGAAGAAAUUCAAUUGGCGCUACUUGGUCAUCGACGAGGCCCACCGAAUAAAAAACGAGAAAAGCAAACUCUCCGAGAUCGUGCGCGAGUUCAAAACCACAAACCGUCUCCUGCUAACAGGAACUCCCCUCCAAAACAAUCUGCAUGAACUCUGGGCGCUGUUGAAUUUCCUGCUGCCGGACGUUUUCAACUCGUCAGAAGACUUCGACUCGUGGUUCAGUACGAACUCCGUGUUCGGAGAUCAAGACCUGGUCGAGAGACUGCACGCCGUGCUCCGACCUUUCCUCCUUCGUCGUCUGAAGAGCGAGGUAGAGAAGAAACUGCCCCCGAAGAAGGAAGUGAAGAUCUACGUGGGUCUGAGCAAAAUGCAGCGUGAAUGGUACACCAAAUGCUUGAUGAAAGACAUUGAUGUGGUCAACGGCGCCGGAAAAGUUGACAAGAUGCGAUUGUUGAACAUCCUCAUGCAGUUGCGAAAAUGCUGCAACCACCCUUACCUUUUCGACGGCGCCGAGCCCGGACCCCCUUACACGACGGAUGAACACCUGGUUUACAACUGCGGCAAAAUGGUCGUUUUGGACAAACUGCUGCCGCGUCUCAAGGAACAAGGUAGCAGAGUCCUCAUCUUCUCUCAGAUGACACGUAUGCUCGACAUACUCGAAGACUACUGCUACUGGAGGAAUUGGCAAUAUUGUCGUUUGGACGGGCAAACCCCUCACGAAGACCGAACGAAAUCCAUUAUCGAGUACAACAGACCAGGCAGCGAGAAAUUCGUCUUCAUGCUGUCGACCCGUGCUGGAGGUCUCGGUAUAAACCUUUACACAGCCGACAUCGUAAUUCUCUUCGAUUCCGAUUGGAAUCCACAGGCUGACCUGCAAGCCAUGGACCGAGCUCAUCGUAUUGGACAACUGAAGCCUGUCAAGGUGUUCCGUUUCGUCACCGAGAACACCAUUGAAGAGCGUAUCGUCGAAAAGGCCGAAGUCAAGCUCCGUCUUGAUAAGAUGGUCAUCCAGCAAGGCCGUCUGGUCGAUAACAGCAACAAAUUGGGAAAAGACGAAAUGAUGAGCAUGAUCAGGCACGGCGCCGACAAGAUUUUCGCCUCGAAAGAAAGCGAAAUAACCGACGAGGACAUCGAUGCUAUCCUCGAGAAAGCCGAAAGGAAAACCGAAGAGCAGAACAAGAAAUACGAAGCCAUGGGCGAGAGCUCUCUUCGGAACUUCACCAUGGACACACAGGAGAACAAAGGCUACUCGGUAUAUAAUUUUGAAGGCGAAGACUUCCGUGAGAAAGGCAAGAACGCAGGUCUCAAUUGGAUCGAGCCCCCGAAGAGAGAACGUCGCGCCAACUAUCAGGUGGAUGCAUAUUUUCGAGAAGCUUUGCGGGUAUCGGAACCGAAAGCUCCGAAAGCACCUCGUCCGCCGAAACAACCGAACGUUCAGGACUUCCAGUUCUUCCCGCCAAGAUUAUUCGAGCUUUUGGAUAAAGAGAUUUAUCAUUUCCGAAAGACAAUCGAGUACAAGGUCGCCAAAAACCCCGACCUCGGAGCCGACGCCACUCGCGUCCAACUCGAAGAACAGGCAAAAAUCGACGAGGCAGAACCGCUCACCGAGGAAGAGGUGGCCGAGAAAGAGCGCCUACUCACCGAGGGUUUCACCAACUGGAGCCGGAGAGACUUCAAUCAAUUCAUCAAAGCUAAUGAGAAAUUCGGACGCGAAGAUAUCGAGAGCAUUUCGAGAGAUGUCGAAGGAAAGACCCCUGAGGAAGUUGUCGAGUACUCGCAGGUGUUCUGGGAACGUUGCCAAGAACUUCAAGAUAUCGAAAAGAUCAUGGCUCAGAUCGAGAAGGGUGAAACCAGAAUCCAGCGACGUGCCGGAAUCAAACGAGCCCUCGAUUCGAAAAUGUGUCGAUAUCGAGCACCCUUCCAUCAGUUACGUAUAUCAUACGGUUCGAACAAAGGCAAGAACUACACCGAAGAGGAAGACCGAUUCCUGGUUUGCAUGAUCCACAAACUGGGAUUCGAUCGAACCGACAACGUCUACGACGAACUCAGGGCCUCAGUUCGACAGGCUCCACAGUUCCGAUUUGACUGGUUUAUCAAGAGUCGUACGGCCACCGAACUCCAAAGACGAUGCAACACACUCAUCACUCUGAUCGAACGAGAAAACUUAGAGCUCGAAGAGAAGGAAAAGAGUGAGGGUAAGCGCAAGAAGACGUCGAAUGGAGGGACUCCCAAACCCGCGAAACGCAGCGUCACUGCAACUGAACCAAAAGCGAAGAAACCCCGCAAGGCCUAGAAUCGGCGUAUGCGACCGGUAGAAGAGAUUUACUAAGAAUUUAAAUCCGGAAACGAAUGACCUCUAAUAUUUCGUACCCUAUGUACAUCUCAUAAAAUAUUGGGUAUCAGGAAAGAAGACUUCCAACCAUGGGAAGCGAUGAUUGUGUCUUUGUGUCGACCAGUGUAAAAUAUCAACUGAUUGGAAUAGCUAAUUAUAUGGAGCCGUCGCUAAUGU